AAGAGAAACAAAGCCACGUCGUCGGGGUGUUAGGAUGUUUUUUACCGGCUCAGUACGUCAGCGGAGCAGCGGAGCGGAAUCCCGUUGCAGCCGUGGAGUCCAAUGUUAAACUCUGGAGUAGACACUCCAUGUGAAGGGGAGACAGACGGAGAAAGACAGACAGAUGCCAUGUCUGCCAGUACAACCAGCAAACCCAGUCAGCAGGAGAGGAAAGGCAGCUUCUUCAAGCUCAUUGACUCAUUUGCGUUGGAGAUUGGGACUCUGAAGAAGGAGCUGGUGAAGAAGACGAAGCCGGUGGACAAACACCGGGAGACAGACAGACUCCUCGGGCUCGACAGAGAGGUGGGUGGUCUCUUCCUGCCCGCUUCCCCCUGUAGUGCCAUGGGGGUGGGGCUGGCGGGAGCGAGGGACUCAGGCUACGACUCUCUGCACCGGCGGAUGAGCGUUUUGGACAGACUGGUUCAGACCCACUCUGUGUGGCUGCUGCUGGGUUUAAACCACCAGGAUGCCGGACGCAUUCUGCAGAGCCAGCCCAUCGGGUCGUUUGUGGUGAGGAAGUCCGCCAGCUUGCAGAGGAAGGUCAUCUCUCUGCGCGUGGAUGGAGACUCGGCUUCCCGUGUCAAAGACUUCCCCGUCAAGGAGAGUCAAUACACUUUCUCCCUGGAGGGAUCUGGCCUGAGCUUUGCAGACCUGUUCCGUCUGGUGGCUUUCUGUUGCAUCAGCAGGGAUGUGUUGCCGUUCACGCUGAAGCUUCCAAAAGCCAUCGCUUCAGCUAAAACAUCUGCUGAUCUGGAAGAGGUCACCAAACUUGGAGCAGGCUUCUGGGAAUCUGAGCUCUGCCACACUGGGAAGGACUUGGUCUACUGGUUGUCAGGGACGACGACUCCCAGCAGACCACCCCCACCCAUCCCGAAACCAGUCUCCACAGAAACCACCCUGAUAACCACCCCAGUAACAACCUCGGAGCGCCCGCGGCUAAGAACUCGCACCCCUUCGGAGCUCGAGUGCUGUCAGUCCAACGGUGCUCUUUGCUUCAUCAACCCGCUCUUCAUCAAAGUCCACCAAUCAGAGGAGGACACUGGCAGCCCCCUGUGCACCAACACUGCCACCACCGCCGCCGGCCUGGCUGAGCAGCUCCUGAGGGAGAACCAGGACCAAACAGAAACAACCAGCAAGGAGUCUCUGCACAGAGACGAAGGCUCUCCUGGGAGCCACUCCGGUGCUACCAACCGCCCACGGAGCGACGCCAUCCCGGUCAGCAGUGCACACAGGUCAAACCGCACUCCUCCCCCUCGCCCGCCGCCUCCCCACCGCACCCCGCGCCGCGCUGGGCUCCCUCACCAACCACGCAGCAUGCCUGAGAAGAUCUCCUGGAUAAACCUCCCCAAGGAGAAGGCGGGGGAGAAGGAGAAGGGCAGCAGCUUCCUCUUUCGCCUGGGCUCCUCCCUAAGCAUCAGCCCUUCCUCCUCCUCCUCCUCCUCUCCUCACAAGAGGCUCAGCAUCAGCGCACCCAUCUCCAUCCCCCGCCCCUCCCUUCCGCUCUCUCUCAGCUCGCUCUCCUCCCCUUCCUCCUCCUCGUCUCCACACCGGGCCAAAGUCUCGCCAUCAUCCAGCGAAAUGGAGGACGCACACUGCCACCUGGCACUGGAGGAGCAGACCAUCGAGAGGGCGCUCAGCCGUGUCCAACUGACCCGGCAGAACGCCAUCUCGCCCGGCACGCCGGCCUCCUGCAGUCUGCCAGAGCCCUCUGCCAUAAGGAAGGAGGGAGAGGAAGAGGAAGAGAGAGGCGAGGAGGGAGGUAAUGGGAGCCAGCGGCUGAGCAACAUGAGUCUCUCCACUGACUCCUCUGACUCGCUGGACUUCUCCCACUCUUCUUCCUCCUUCUUCCUACCGCCUCUGCACGACCCCAGCCCGCCUACCGCUGCUGACUACGCCGCGCACCUCCCGCUCUCCCUCCCGCCAUCGCACCUCCCCUACAGCAGCAUGGAGGAGGAUGAGGAAGAGGAGGAUGAGGAGGAGGAUGAAGAGGAGCAGGACUGUGGUGUCGGUCUUGAGAGCGACCAGGACCAGGACGUUACCAUGGUGCCACCGGGACGUGGCAGAAAGCGGCGUGCAAGCGCAGGAGCCCUGGUCCUCCAGCGGGCCCUGCAGGGCCACCUGAGGAAGAUGAGUGGCGUCUUCAAUUCGCUGCUGACACCAGAGAAGAGGGCGGUCCGCCGCGUGGUGGAGCUCUCCAGGGACAAAGGCUCCUACUUCGGCUGUCUGGUGCAGGACUACCUGAGCUACAUGAGGGAGGGCUCGGGGGCCCAGGCCUGGCAGGGCCACGCCUCGGGGCCCGAACUGCUGCAGACGCUGCGCCAGUUCAUAACCCAGAUGAAGAGUUACCUGCAGCAGAGCUCUGACCUGGAGCCGCCCAUCGAGAGCCUCAUCCCAGAGGAACAGAUUGACCAAGUCCUGGAGAAGGCCAUGCACAAGUGUGUCCUGAAGCCGCUGAAAGGAGUGGUCAGCGCCGCCCUCAAGGAGUUCCAGGUGCGCAGUGGGGCGUGGCAGGAGCUGAAGGAGAACCUCUCAUUGGCCAAGGCCCGGCCACCACAGGAAAUGGGCGUGGCCGACGCGCUGCCCCCUGACCCUGUGGCCAUAGAGAAGAUCAAGCACAAAUUUCACAUCAUGUGUAAGCUUUACUCUCCAGAGAAAAAAGUCGCCAUGCUGCUGAGAGUCUGUAAACUCAUCUACACCAUCAUGGAGGACAACUCGGGUCGACUGUACGGCGCCGAUGACUUCCUGCCCAUGCUGACGUACGUGUUGGCACAGUGCGACAUGCCACAGCUGGACAACGAGAUCCUAUACAUGAUGGAGCUGCUCGACCCCUCCAUGCUUCAUGGAGAAGGUGGUUAUUACCUGACCAGUGCCUAUGGAGCCAUGUCCCUGAUCCGAAACAUGCAGGAGGAGCAGGCGGCCCGAGUGCUGAGCUCCGAGACCAGAGACACUCUCCACCAAUGGCACCGCCGCCGCACCUCCCAGCGCUCCGCCCCGACUGUCGACGACUUCCAGAACUACCUGCGAGUGGCUCUGCAGGAGUUGGACAGCGGCUGUACCGCCAAAACCCUGCAGGUACGCCCGUACGCCACCACCGAGGAAGUGUGCCAGCUCUGCGCCCACAAGUUCAAGGUGUCGGACCCGGAGAACUACAGCCUGUUCCUGCUGACUGAAGGCAGCAGCCAGCAGCUGGCUCCAGACACUCACCCACAGAAAAUCAAAGCUGAGCUCCACAGCCGGCCGCGGGCGGCUCCCUUCCACUUUGUCUUCCGACGCGCGGUGAACAUCGGCGGUGAGACACCGUCGACAACUCCCGCCGAUCCUUUACUCAACCUCAACAACCUCAAGGUGACCCCUGACCCCCGAGCAAACUGCAGCGACCUCAGCAGGGGCCCGUCUGUCUCCAACCUGCAGCCCAGCCUGAGCCCGAGUCUGAGUCUGAGCCUGCCGCCCGGCCACCUCAACGGCAACACCAUAUCAGUCUGACUGCAGCCGGGAGGCUUUAAUGUUUUAAAAAGGAAAGAGCUGGCCUCUAUCAGGUCCUCAGCGGGCAACAACCCUGAAUCGUGCAUGUCUCCACAAAGCCUUACUUCUCCUUUUGGGGGACAGUCUUGUCUCAAUCAGCGUUUCCUUGCUGGAAAGAGGAAAAGACGGAAGUAAAGGAGGAAAUGUUACAGAUGGAGUUGUUUUCUUUGUGUUUUUGUGAAACUCUGGUACUGUUUGUGACCUCUGGUGAGGUUUGUACAGCGUUCGCACUCCAGAAUACAUCCGGUCGAGACACACCGCUCACAUCAACAUCGAAACACAGAGGACGUAGUGGUGUCAAGAGGACGUUUCUGCUUACUGUACGUUAGCGCUGACGCUCUGUGCGCUUAUUUGGGAUCAGUUAUCAUUCCCUUUACAAGUGUGAAACCCAUAGGACUAAUCGUAGAUCCAUCAGCGUUGCGAUAGUACAGAUAGUUUAUUUAGGUGAUAGGAACGAUGAAAUACUGGCUGCAGUUGCUGGUAAACUGCAUCUGACACAAUUUUUUAUUUCUGAAAAACAAAAUAUUAUAUUAAUGCAUGUUUUCUUACUUAAAGUGUAAUGUUAGAAAAAGGCCUCUCUGCCAGUGUUGAGAAAUGGUCAUUUUGUUGAGGAUUAUCCAGGAGAUAUGAGAUCUAAUGUUGUUAUAAUUACUUGUACAUAUUGCUAAAUAGAGCGAGGAAGUCGCCCCAUUUCUGACACGAUCACAGCUAAGAAAACAGACCCGAAUGUCGGUCUUCUCGAGUCAUUUCUACUACUGACAGACACGAUAGGUUGUUGUACUGAUGAAAACUGUUAUCCUGAUGACAAUGUAAAAGAAAAGAAGAAGCUUUUAUUCUGAAAGGCUUGUGUGACCUUUAAGCUGGUCUGAGGUUGCACACGAUAACGCCUUUGCUGUGUUCGCAGUUUGGCUCUCGUUAGGUGGUAAUUUGAAAAGAAAAAAGGAAAGUAAGUGAAGAUAUGAUGAGGGGGUGACAGAAGUUCUGAAUUUUAAAAUGCUUUCAGGGUUCAGUUGACCCGCGACCCUGAGAGCAGGAUAAGCGGUUUGGAUAAUGGAUGGAUGGAUGGUUCAAUUGAAACAUUGUUUUAUUACUGCUAAGGUUUGAAUCUGAACAGCAAUUAGCUCCUUAUGAGCGCCUGAUGACAUGAUAUGCAAAUGACGUCGGUGUGGUUUGUGCAAGGAAAGAGGAGCCGGGACCGACAGGAAAACAGGAGCUGAUGGAGAUGAGCAACUGACACAAUGUACCACCCUGUAUUUUUAGACAGAACCACGUUUUUGGGGGACUAAAUGAAUAUUUCUAGGUUUUCAUCUCAGUUUUAAAAGUACCUGUACCGCCAAUAAUUGUAAACCAUGCUAUUUUGAUUAUGCAAAACGAGUAUUUAUAAUAUGUAUCUGUGCGGGGAUUUUUCACAGAUGGCUUCAGUCUCUCGAACAGUCAGCAUCAUAAUUGCAUCCAGGAGACAAGUUUUCCUCUUCUAUAGUUGUCUGUCAUUUAUAUCAUAAAUAUUCUUUUGCACUCAAUAAAUUUUGGCAAUGAAAAACA